GUUGCCGUAAGUGGACUGUUUACCCUUCCUGAAGUGAAGCAAGAAUGAAAUCAGCUGAAGAAGAUGCAUACUAUGCACCAAACAUCAGUUUAUCCCUGCCACUGAACAGCCCUUGCUUCACCACCCAGUACCACAGCCUUCAGACCAACCCCUCCAUCUCUGUGUCUGUUAGCCAACUUUCAUCCCUCUCACCCCAUGAAGAAAUGGGCUCAGUGGGAUACUAUCACUCAUCUGCCCCCAAUGGAGCACCAGCUUUGGAAAGCCCUCGCAUUGAGAUUACAGCCUAUGGCCAGUUCCCUGAAGAUGAGGUUGAAAAAAACAGUUUGCCUGCGGUCAAGCAUGUCAACUCUCUUGUGACUUUAACAUUGCCCAGCGGUGAUGGGUAUCGUGACCCUAGUUGCCUAAGCCCAGCUAGCAGCAUUUCAUCGCGGAGCUGUCACUCAGAGGCAUCUUCAUAUGAGUCGGGCUACUCAUGCAAUAACGACAACUCUCCACAGAACUCUCCGUGGCAGUCACCAUGCGUCUCACCCAAGGGUUCCUCUUCAAUGCUGUGUGGAACUUUGGGCACUUCUCCCCGACAUUCACCUUCUGGAUCUCCCCGCACCAGUGUGACCGACGAAACCUGGACAGCACCUCGUGGCUCCCGCUCGAAUUCUCCUUGUGGUGGGAAGCGAAAGUACAGCUUAAAUGGCAGUGGCUCACUCAAGUACCAUCCAUAUUCACCCAGCCAGUCACCAGGGCUGUCUCCGCAGACCUCCCCUCACCUCAGUAUGACAGAAGAGUCGUGGCUGCUCAACACUAAUCAGUACACUAACUCUGCCAUCGUGGCAGCUAUUAAUGCCCUGAGCACAGAUGGAAUGGCUGAUAUUGGAGAGGGAAUUCCACUUAAGACCAGAAAAACCAGUGUGGAACAUGGAGCAUCUAUGAAUCUCAAGAUCGAGCCUGGAGUAGAGGAGACAAGUUCCUCAGAUCUCUGUCAUGAGGACUAUUCCACCUCACGUCUUGCCUUGAAGAAGGAGGGCUACUCUAGCUUUCUAGAUGUGCAUCAUCCCUAUUGGUCUAAACCAAAGUCCUAUGUCAGCCAAUCCCUACCAGCACUUGACUGGCAACUACCCUCCAGUUCUGGGCCAUACAGCCUUCAGAUUGAGGUUCAGCCCAAGUCUCACCAUCGUGCUCACUAUGAGACAGAGGGAAGCCGAGGAGCUGUAAAGGCACUUGCGGGAGGUCAUCCAGUCGUACAGCUUCAUGGCUACAUGGAGAGUGAUCCUCUGACCCUGCAGCUGUUCAUCGGGACGGCAGACGACCGUCUCCUGCGGCCACACGCCUUUUACCAGGUCCACCGCAUCACAGGAAAGACUGUGUCCACACCCAGCCACGAAAUCAUGCAGGCCAACACCAAAGUGCUAGAGAUUCCACUACUGCCAGAGAGUAACAUGAGAGCCAUAAUUGACUGUGCUGGAAUCCUGAAGCUGCGGAACUCUGACAUAGAGCUGCGUAAAGGUGAGACAGACAUUGGGAGGAAGAACACACGUGUCAGGAUGGUGUUUCGCGUCCAUAUUACCCAGCCCAACGGCAGGACUGUGUCUUUGCAGGCGGCAUCCAACCCCAUUGAAUGCUCCCAGCGAUCUGCACAGGAGCUGCCUCUGGUGGACAGACAGAGUGUGGAGAGCAGUUCUGCCUCAGGUGGAGACAGGAUGAUUGUCAGCGGCCAUAACUUUCAGCCUGACUCCAAGGUGAUGUUUGUGGAAAAAGGACAAGAUGGUAAUCACAUAUGGGAAAUGGAAGCUAAAGUCGACAGGGACUCCUUUAAACAUACAGCCUUGCUUGUGGAGAUUCCACCUUAUCGAAACCAAAGAAUAUCCAGCCCUGUUUUGGUGAACUUCUACAUUUGCAAUGGCAAACGGAAGAGAAGCCAGUACCAGCGAUUCACCUACCUACCAACUAAUGUUCCAACCAUUAAGAGUGAGCCACAUGACGAUUAUGAGCUCCCUCGUGUAUGUCCCCAGAAACAUUCCGCCAGUCUCCCUGUUCUGACCAAACCAUUCUACACUCUGCAAACCAUCCCUUCUAUUGUGCCUUCUGAGCCUAGACCUUGUGCGACAACCACCUAUGGCUCUCAGAGACUCACACCAAAGCCUUCAUCCUUGACAUGCUUGUCUACAUCCCCCAGCACCAGCCCCAAACUCCAGGAUCUCUCGCCAACACACUUUUCUCCUCAGUGCCUCUCUCCCGGCUCAAAUCCUGGGCCCCAGCCAAAUGUCGCUCCUCAUGUCUCGACCAUCCAGCCUACGCCAGGUCGCUACCAGCAAGCCAUUGUAUAUCCAGCAGGCAGUGCAUCCUCCUCUCCAGGAUCCCAUCCUUCCACCCCAAGUUCAGUACCUGAAAUCAUCUUUACUCCCAGUCAUAGUUUGGCCCAGUCACCGGUCAACAGUGAGGCCCCAGAGCUGCCAAAAGCUCCAGUGAGAAGUGGGUCGUCUCCACUUUUACAGGACGAAGAAGCACCUGCUACACUAGCCAUAAACAUCAAGCAGGAGCCUCAGGAACUGGAUCAAAUGUACCUCGAUGAUGUCAACGAGAUAAUAAGGAAUGACCUCUCCAGCAUCUCUGUACACAGCCUUGCAUAGCAACAAGGGAAACGACA